UAAAGUUUGAUGGUUUGAUGGCCAAAACAAGUGCUUUAUUGCGAUUUUUUGAAAGAUAUUUUAUAGUUUUUAUUGUUUUUCUUAUCUCUGGCAUUCACUAUGUAAAUUGCUCACAAAUCCGACCUCAAUUAAUCGCCGUUUAUCCAAGUGAAACUGGAGUGGACACAAAGGUGUCCGGCGGUGUUGUUGAGGUAACGUCAGAGAAGACUACACGACUAUUUUUUAUUGGUUUAAAUCUUUCUAAAAAUACAUCGAUUGUUUUUACACCAACUGGAGCCGAACGGGGGCAUUCUUGCGACUCAUUUCACCGAAGUCGUGCCUACAGAUUGUCCGAAGGUAGCUCUGGAAUUUUUGAAUCUGAGGUGACUUUCGGUGAGAAAGAUAGUGGAAAGUUUUAUACCUGCUUACUAGAUGGUCAAGUGUCCAGUAAGUGGUACCAUGCCGGUACUGAUGAUACAGUUACCAUCAAGGUAACUGCCAUCAAGACAUCUCUGCCAAUUUGGUUGCAGGUUUGUCUUUUGGUUUUAUUAUUGGCCUUGUCUGGAUUAUUUUCUGGUCUAAAUCUCGGAUUGAUGGCAUUGGAUCCCACUGAGCUAAAAGUUGUAACAAACUGUGGUAGUCCGAAAGAACAAAAAUAUGCAAAGAAGAUUCUACCAGUUCGUCAGCAUGGUAAUUAUCUGUUGUGCACUUUGCUUCUGGGUAAUGUUCUCGUUAAUAGCUCGUUAACAAUUCUGCUUGAUGCAUUGGCUGGUAGUGGGGUUAUCGCUGUUGUAGCAUCCACUGCUGGGAUUGUCAUUUUUGGUGAAAUUGUACCACAAAGUAUUUGCUCAAGACAUGGGCUAGCAAUUGGAUCAAGGACGUUGUUUUUGACAAAAUUUUUUAUGUUGAUCACAUUUCCUGCCUCUUUUCCCAUCAGCAAGCUUCUGGAUUUUAUAUUAGGCGAAGAAUUAGGGACAAUAUAUAAUAGAAAACAGUUGUUAGAAAUGAUUAAAGUCACAGCGGAACAUAAUGAUCUUGCUGGAGACGAGAUGAACAUAAUUUCUGGGGUAUUAAACUAUAAAUCCAAGUGUGUUGAGGAAAUAAUGACGAAGAUAGAUUCUUGCUUCAUGCUUGACGUGGAAUGCCACUUGGAUUUUGCUACAAUUACAACGAUAAUGGAGUCUGGGCAUAGUCGAAUACCUGUAUAUCGUGGUGAAAGACAUAAUAUUGUGGGUUUACUAUUUGUCAAAGAUCUUGCAUUUGUUGACCCUGAUGAUUGCAUACCACUCCAAACGGUGAUCAAAUUUUACAGUCGAUCUGUGAAUUUUGUUUGGAAUGAUAUGAAUUUGGGUGAUCUCUUAGAUACGUUUAAAGAAAAACAUUCUCAUAUCGCAAUUGUUCAGAAAGUGAAUAACGAAGGACCUGGGGAUCCGUUUUACCAGGCAAUUGGUCUAGCAACUUUGGAAGACGUCAUAGAAGAGAUGAUUCAGUCAGAGAUUGUGGAUGAAACAGAUAAGUACAUCGACAACACCACAUUCACAGCAAAUCCUCAAAGAAGGUUGACAGCAAGCUUCAAUAUGUUUGUCACAGAGGAAAAUGUGAAAAUGGCACUUUCACCUCAGUUGCAACUGGCUUCUUUUCAAUAUUUAUCAACAGUGGUAGAUGCCUUCAGCGAAGACAAAAUUACAGCAAAUGUUUUGAAGCAAAUGCUCAAGCGCAAAGAUGUAGUCCUGGACAUUAAAAUCAAAGACGCUCCAAAAGAGUCAUUGGUUUUGUAUGAAAAAGGAAAAAGUGUUGACUACUUUAUGAUGAUUGUACAAGGGCGUGUGGAUGUCACUGUUGGAAUGGAAGAAUUCAGAUUUCCUCAAGGGGCAUUUUCAUUUUUCUGCCAAGAUGUGUUGCUUGCAAGGAAUAAUAGUGUGUAUGUACCUGACUAUACUGUUAGAGUUGUUGAAGAUUGCCUGAUUAUAAAAGUCAGCAGUGCCAUUUACAAGCAAGCUUUGAUUUCAACUAAACUAAAGACAUGGGAGAAUGAUGACGAUGAUGAAGAGUUUGAUUUGCAUGUGAUCUAUAAUGACCAUGUUGAGCAUGAUGUCAGUGGCUCAAAUUCUACGGAACCGUAUACAACUCCAGGGCCAUCUCCAACAACACACAGGGCAAACAAGCUAAAUGCUUUAAUAUAAUGUUGACAACCAUUGUAAUGUUCUGGUUGGAGCUCAUCCAUGGUACUCAAGGAUUCAAUCAAGUGCUGCGUACCACAAGAAGAAUAUGAAAGAAUGAAUUAACAAUAUGAUUGCAAAUUUCAACGGAUACAUUGAUAUUCAUUUGGCAUUGAAAUAUGUUUGAAGGGUUGUUUUGUGUUUUGUUUUUUUUUGAAAGGGACAUGAAUGGAAUACUAUUCUUAUUUUGGAUCUUUUAAAGGUGUUUGGAUUUGUCAAAGAUAUCCCACUAAUAGAAUUUUUUUUCAAAUUAAUGAUGAAUGAAAAAAUGUACACAAAUUCUCAAUAACAAAACAAUUUUGUCUUGGUUUUUUCAGAAAUUUGAUGCACGUUUUUUCCUUAUUCACUAAAUUAGGCAUAUAUUGGAAAUUUGAGAUGAAAAUAUUGCACUUUCAGCACUGUUGAUCACUGAAAAAUUAUUUGGAAAUCAGAAAUAAAUCAUACUCAUAGUUCAAUUAAUACAUUUUAUUACAUUACAUUGUAAAAUCUCAGUAUUUAACUUUUACUAAUA